AUGGUAGAAAUUGAACAGCAUCUUGAAAAAGCACGAAUGGAGCUUAUCGGAUUGAAGGCUGAUAAUCACAACAGGCGGUUGAAUUUUUUCAUGAACAGUGGAAGGGAUUAUGAACAUGAAGCUUUUCUUUAUCUUUGGCUUUCAAGAUUUGUGUUUCCAGGUGAGCAGGCUUUUAUCUUGUUAAGGGAGGCCAUGACAAUCGCUACGUCAAGUAGUAAUGAAGACGACAGGAACAGAUUUCAAAUUCUAGGAUUUAGUCUUUUGUCGCUAUUGUUCUUUAUUCAAGUUUGGGCUUGGGAAAGGUUGGUAGCUUUGCGUCCAAAGCAGGCUGGAAAUUACAAUAUGGUUGGUGAGGUGAGAAUAGGACGAAGGCACGAUGUGAAAAGAUCAGGUGUUAUUAAUGUGAGGGCUGCGAUCGACUCGUCUGCAGAGACGUUUCAGUGGAGGCCAUAUGCCUUGGCUGUGGAAAGUUGGUCAGCGCCAAAAUUUUACAAGGAAACAGAAGAGUGGAUGAUAGUUGAAGGGAAAAAUUCUGACCAAGAAUUGGAGUCCUACAUUCGAUGCUUGCGGGUGUCGGAGCUUGUAGGUAUUGAUUGUCAAGAGCCCUAUCGACCAAAUCAUGUAGCAAUGCAGUUUGGAUUUGAUCAGGACUUCCCAAAAUGGAUUCCUCGCUCGCCUUCAAUUCCUCAACUUUCAUGGAACAACUAUAGCAGACCCUCUGAUUCUGAUUUGAGGUUAUGCUAUCCAUCUAGGUUGUUUGAGCCGCAUGUGUCUACCAAGUAUUUGAAAUGGUGGAGAAAAGAAGUAUUACCGCUAGUUGAUGCAUUCGAAGGCUUGUCGAAGGAACAAAGGA